UAAGGUCAGAGCUGUUCUGGCAUCCAUGAGAUCCCAUUGACAAAACCAAAAGCAAGCAAGGCGGUGUAAGUUUAUAAACACCCUCAUGGCCAAAUUAAACAUAACAAAACAAAACGCUGACUUCUUGCCUAUGGCUUAAAAGUAAUGAGUAGUCAGGGCCAGUGUCCCUAGACGGGGAGAACUACAGAAUUCAUUUCUUGGGGGUUACAUGGGGCUGAGUUAAGAUCACAAAACAAAGGCUGCCUGGCAGACAGCCGACUCAAAUUAUGCCGUCUUUUGUUCAUUCAUCUCUUCCCCUGGCUUAGCCUGACAGUGAACGCUGUUUCCCCAGUCCUUUGGGAUCGCGCCGCGGCGGCGGCUUUCAGCACUUACAAUGCAUCGUUCGGGUGUUAAGAUCACCAUCAUUUCUGUCCAUGAAUGACCUGAAUUGCUUCUCUUGUUCUGCCUGUUGCUGACUGGCUACUUCAGGAUGAGUAUGUUCUGAGCCCAGCAUUGUCCAGACCCUUGUCUCUUUGCCCUAAUCUGCUUCCUGCCUCCACCUCCCAGGUGCAGUCAGUAUCUUUGGGCUGCAGGAAUCCUUCCUUGCAACACAUCUCAGGUGUCUGUUUGCUGUUCUGGAAAAGCUAAACAGUGGUUGAUCCGUGGACUCGAUUGGAAAACAGUACUAUUUUGAAACGAGGCUUGGUUUCCUGUGUCAGUAACCUGUGUGGAGGGAACACACGGAGUCUGUGUCUGGAUUUUGGAGUCAUAGUUUGGCUACAGCUUGGAUUGUCUCCACAUUAGCAGAGCAGCCCGGGGAGGCAUAACAACAUGUCUGCUGGCAGGCUGUGGUCUGGCCUGCUGCUCCUGCUGUCUUUUUUCUGCUCCAGAAGUUCAGCUUGUGGCCUCUCAACACAUGUAGAAAUAGGACACAGGGCUCUGGAGUUUCUUCAGCUUCAAGAUGGACGCGUUAACUACAAAGAGCUACUCUUAGAACACCAGGACGCCUAUCAGGCUGGGACGGUGUUUCCUGAUGCCUUUUACCCUAGCAUCUGCAAAAGAGGAAAAUACCAUGAUGUAUCUGAGAGGACUCAUUGGACUCCCUUUCUUAAUGCUAGCAUUCAUUACAUUCGGGAGAACUACCCUCUGCCCUGGGAGAAGGACACAGAGAAGCUGGUGGCUUUCUUGUUUGGAAUCACCUCACACAUGGCUGCUGAUGUCAGCUGGCACAGCCUGGGUAUUGAACAAGGAUUCCUCAGGACGAUGGGAGCCAUUGAUUUUCAGGACUCCUAUUCUGAGGCUCAUUCAGCUGGUGAUUUUGGAGGAGAUGUGCUGAGCCAGUUUGAAUUUAAUUUUAACUACCUCUCGCGGCGCUGGUACGUGCCCAUCAAAGAUCUUCUGAGAAUUUACGAUAAUCUCUACGGUCGAAAAGUCAUCCCUGAAAAUGUCAUCGUUGACUGCACAUACCUUCAGUUCUUGGAAAUGCACGGGGAGAUGUUAGCUGUUUCCAAGCUCUAUUCCACAUACUCUACCAAGUCCCCAUUUCUGGUGGAGCAAUUUCAAGAGUAUUUCCUCGGAGGACUGGAUGACAUGGCGUUCUGGUCCACGAACAUCUACCGUCUGACCAGCUUUAUGCUGGAGAACGGGACCAGUGACUGCCACCUGCCUGAGAACCCUCUGUUCAUCACCUGUGACGGCCGGAGGGACCACACCCUCGGCUCAAAAGUGCAGAAAAAUGAUUAUCACAGGAAUCUGACUGUGUUCAUGAGUAAAGAUAUCAGGAAAAACCUGAACUACACAGAAAGAGGCGUGUUCUACAGCGCAGGCUCCUGGGCGCCGGAAUCUGUAACCUUCAUGUACCAGGCUCUGGAGAGGAACCUGAGGACGAUGUUCAUGGGCAGCUCCGAGACUCAUCUAAAGCACGUCUCCAGCCCCUCUGCCUCCUACUUCCUGUCGGUCCCCUAUGCCAGGCUUGGCUGGGUCAUGGCCUCAGCCGACCUCAACCAGGACGGGCACAGUGACCUCGUGGUGGGGGCACCGGGCUACAGCCACCCUGGCCGCUUCCAGAUUGGGCGGGUAUACAUCAUCUAUGGCAACGAUCUGGGCCUGCCCCCCAUUGACCUAGACCUAGACAAGGAGGCCCACGGGAUCCUGCAGGGCUUCCAGCCUUCAGGUCGCUUCGGCUCAGCUUUGGCCGUGCUGGACUUCAACAAGGAUGGGCUGCCUGACUUGGCUGUGGGUGCCCCCUCCGUGGGCUCGGGGCAGCUCACCUACACCGGUGCUGUGUAUGUCUACUAUGGUUCCCAGCAAGGGAGGCUGGCUUCUUCCCCUAACGUCACCAUCUCCUGCAAGGACACCUACUGUAACCUGGGCUGGACCCUCCUGGCAGCAGAUGUGGAUGGAGAUGGCCAGCCCGACCUGGUGAUCAGCUCGCCCUUCGCACCUGGCGGAGGGAAGCAGCGAGGGAUGGUGGCUGCCUUUUAUUCACACCCCAGGCAGAGGGACCAAGAAACACUGACUGCAGAGGAAGCUGACUGGAAGGUGAACGGGGAGGAGGACUUCUCUUGGUUUGGAUACUCCCUUCACGGGGUGACAGUGACAAACAGAACCCUGCUGCUGGUUGGGAGCCCAACCUGGAAGAAUGUCAGCAGGUCGGCACGCUCAAGCCACAGGAGCCACGAGAAAAACAGCCUGGGAAGGGUGUACGGCUACUUCCCACCAAACUCCCAGAGUGCCAUCACCAUCUCAGGAGAUAAGGCAGUGGGAAAGCUGGGCACCUCCCUGUCAAGUGGCCAUGUGAGGCUGAACGGGACCCUAACACAAGUGCUGCUGGUCGGAGCCCCCACCCGUGGUAGGUCACCACACGCUGCUGGGGUCUUUUUUGUUGUUGUUGUUGUUGUUUCUUUUGCUUUCUUGCUUGUGGGAGGUCGGCUCAGGAUCCAGCAGGCUAAUGCCUCCGCCCACUUGUGGUUUACAGAUGAAAUCAUCAUGGCUGCCCCACUGAGGAUAACGGAUGUUACUUCUGGACUGCUAGGGGGAGAAGACGGGCGAGUUUACAUUUAUAAUGGCAAGCACACCACCCUCGGUGACAUGACAGGCAAAUGCAAAUCCUGGAUGACUCCAUGUCCAGAGGAGAAGGCACAGUAUGUAUUGAUUUCUCCUGAGGCAGGUUCAAGGUUUGGGAGCUCGCUGGUGUCUGUGAGGUCCAAGCAAAGGAACCAAGUAGUUGUCGCUGCUGGAAGAAGUUCUUGGGGAGCCCGGCUCUCCGGGGCACUUCACGUCUACAGCCUCGGCUCAGACUGAAGAGGUCACUCCACUCUCCUAUUCCACCCCUCCAGUGGAGAUGUGGUGAAACCCUUACAGGGGUGGGGCUCCUGGGACAGACAUACUGACAGCCAAGUUACCUGGAAAUAUGGCCAGCUGUGUGUGGACACGGGAUGAUGGGGAGCGGCAGGCACUUUGCAUCUUCUAAAAAACGCUUUUGCAUCUUCUCUGAGCUUCCUGCCUGUGCUUGGGAUUGUAACAAUUCACCCUUCCUCCCCUUCUGUUUAAAUACCCGUCUCUCCCUUGCCUAGAAAGGGUGCAGUGAGCUCUCAACACAGUCUCUAAAUCCUUGUUAGUGGUGGCUGGUCCUAUUUGGAUCUUAAAUGUGCCUCAAAAUCCCCAUGUUGAAGGCUUGCCCCCAGCUGAAGGAGGGUGGAGAUUUUGGAGUGGGACCUUGUCGGGGGAAGUUAAGCCAUUGGGGUGUAUCAGGACCCCAAGUCCGUCUUUCCUUGUCUGUUUCCCAGCUGCCAUGCAAAGAACAGCUCUCCUCUGCCAUGCUGUACUGCUUCUUCCCCAGCCCCAAAGCAGCAGGGUAAAGCACCCUGGAGCUAACAUGGCUGCAACUGUGAGCCCAAAUAAACAUUUCCUCUUCAGAA